UCCCCACGAAUGAGAGAGCUGGAGCCAGGCGCCAAUGACCCGACGCCGCCGCGGCGGCUCGCCGCCGGCGCCUCCGCCCCCGCUCGAAGACGACGACCUCCUCCGUGAGAUCAUGCUCCGCCUCCCUCUGCAGCCCUCCUCCCUUCCCCGCGCCUCCGCCGUCUGCAAGCGGUGGCGAUGCGUCGCGGUCGACCCCAAAUUCACCGCCCGCUUCCGCGCCCACCACGGGAAGCCGCCCCUCCUCGGCGUCUUCCAGCACCGCGAUGACGGCAUCGUGUUCGCCCCCGUCCUGGCCCCUCCCGACCGCGUCCCUCCCCAGCGCUUCGACCUGCGACUCCCCGACGACCACCCCUACCUGGGGCCACAGUUGCUCGGCUGCCGCCACGGCCGCGUCCUCGUAUUCGACCGGCCGCGUGCGGAGGUCCUUGUGUGCGAUCCCAUCGCGGGCGAGGAGCGCCGCGUGGCCGUUCCGCCGGAGUUCAGAACGGCCGGCGUCAACGGGGCGGUACUCUGCGCUGACCGCGGCCAGGGACACGUGCACGGCGGCUGCCACUCCAGCCACUUCAAGGUGGUGUUGGUGUUCAUGCGCAUCCAUGAAUAUCAUGCCCUCGCGCGGGUCUACUCCUCCGAGACCAACACAUGGGGCCAUCCCAUCACAAUAGAGGCUCCAUAUUCAGGUUCGACUUGUUGCAGUGGUUCCCAGAGCUCCCUUGUUGGUAAUGUUCUUUACUGGCUGUUAAAUCACGCGGAAGACGGCAUACUUUAGUUUGAUUUGGAUAGACAAAGCCUCGAUGUGAUUGAGGCCCCUCCCAGGAUGAGUUUUCCCUGCAACUGUCAGAUCAUCCAGGCCGAGGAUGGUACUCUUGGCCUCGCCAUAUUUUCUCACCGUUACCAUAACAUUCAAAUGUGGCAGAGGAAGGUUAAUUGCCAUGGUGUUGGCACAUGGGUGCUAUGGAAGACCACUGAAAUGCAUGACAUUCAUGGGCUCCCUCCUCCAGCAAGGAGGGGGAUGGAACUGAUACGGGGAUAUGCCGAGGAUGCUAAUGAAAUACUUUUAUAUCUGGACGGCAUUGUCUAUAUGGUUCAACUUAAGUCGAUGCGAUCAAGAAAACUCUGGGAAACCCAUCACAUUACCCUUUGUCAUUCUUUCAACAGUUUCUACACGCCAGGCAUUGGAAUUGCUGGUGCACGAUACAAUGGGUGACUAUCUGGUUUGAUGUGGUAAUGUGCUUAAAUGGCUCAGCAGGUUAGAACAUAUCUGAAUAUAAUUUGGGAGGUUUGGACUAUAUAGCUUUUUAUAUGAAAAAUAUCUAGAUGCCAAUGUGGAUAGCAUGCACCAAGCCACCAAUGCACUAUUGUCCAUUCAGCUGUUAUUAUCCAGUGUUGAAAUAACACAUAUGCCAAAGAUGAUGGUGAUGACAAGGCAAAAUUCCUCUCCUGUUGUGUGUUGUGCAUAAAUGACAACCAGAUGAUCCAUAUAUUGAAUAUCAUGGUGGUGUUGAUAUUACCAGUUUGUGCCUAUCUAACCAUGCCUAAAGCUCUCAUUGAUAUAGCUAUGUUCUGAAUAGAUAAACUGGAAGGGUUGUGUUAGUAGUCCAUUUUGUUAUUAGAGAUAGUCAGUUACAACAUUGACUCCCCCACCCCAACAGAUUAGAGUAUCAGAACGCUCCAAAGAUUUAUUUUGUGUUGCUGGUAUUUCUCUGAGAUAUAAUCAGGAAUAUGAUAUCUAUUACAUAGCUCUUCCUUAUGUUGCCGAAGUGAUCAUGAGUUUAUACACUCAUUUUGUUUAUACACUAUGUUCGAUUAGGUUCAGCAUUUAUCUGUAUCAUGUUACUGUAUUAUGUUACUAAAAAAAAUUCUCUCUUAAGUGAAUGAAGGGCUGCUGCAGCUCAUUGAGUUUGUCACAUCAUAUCAAUGUGGUCAGCAGUGUUUACAUGUUGCCUGAAAAAAGCCUUAGUUAGUGUUUUCCUUAGUCUAACCUUAACCCAGUUGCAUGUAUUCAUGUUUUGCCAGUUGUUUGCAUGUUCACGUGUUUGCGUCCCGAAUCAACUACGUAAGAUACCUAGCUAGUUGUGUGCUGACUAUACUUUCCGAGUUCUCUUCUGUGACGUGUUUCUAUUUUCAUUUCCGACUGUAAGUUCUGUUGUGUGUGAAGUAUUUCUAUUUGAGUUUCUAACUUGUAAGUUUGCUGCGUGAAGCAUUCUGCCAACACUCACACUGCUGCCAUGUUCUUUGUCCCAGUGUUUCCCUGUAAUGGCUUACUAACCAUUUGCGGGUAAAAAAAACAUGAACAUGUACUUCUGAUCCUUGAGCUGGAAAAUGCCAUUUGGAGAAGAAGCUGCACGUUGGGUACAAAUUACUACAGUUUCAGACUAGUGAACAUGUACUUCUGAUCCUUUGCUUUUUUUUCUUCACGGCUACGAUAUGGGGCUCAAGGGGAAUGCCAUACUGUCUUCAUUUUCGUCGGAGUGAACCUGUCGAUGGCACGGCAUCACCCCUUGUGUCGUCAGAGUGAACACGCAAGAAAAAGUUUCUUAGGUACUUGCAAUGCAUCAAGGAUCACAUGCUCACAUAAAAGUGACCAGGCCAUCUUGAGGUGAUUGGAUACAGAUUCGGAUUAUUCCAGAUGUGUCGACCCAAGGAAGUCUACAUUCGACUAUUUGUUUUUGCUGGCUGGAGGAGCAAUUUCAUGGGAGAGUGGAAAACAACCUGUCAUUUCUACAUCCACGAUGGAGGCUAAAUUUGUGGCAUCAUUUGAGACCACUAUUCAAUCAUUGUGGCUGCGGAAUUUUGUGUCAUGCCUUCAAAUUAUUGGUAAUACUGAAAGGCCAUUGAGGAUUUAUUGUGAUAUUUCCGAUGUGGUCUUCUUUUCAAAGAAUGACAAGUACUCGAAAGGAGUGGAUUUGAAGUACGUAGCGGUGAAAGAAAAUGUACAAAAUCAAAAGGUACCAGUCGAGCGUAUUGAUACAAAUUUGACGCUAAAUAAAGGACUACCACCCAAGACAUUUUGUGGCCACAUCGAGAG